AGUUUUGCAUAUGGAAAUAAAACAACAAGGGAAGGUAGUUUUAAAUGACUUUAUUGUUUUUCGAAGUAUUCUCCACGAAGAUUAAUAUACAUCUGCAUGCUCUCGAACCAAUUAUCGAAGCACUUAUUCCACUCGUUUGCUGGCAGAUCCAAAACGGCAUUUUUGAAUGCGUCAACUGCUUCUUCUGGUGACUGGAACCCUUGUCCACGCAUCUGUUUUUAAUUUUCGGGAAAGUAAAGAAAUCAUUAGGACUUAGAUCGGGACUAUAUGGAGGAUGGUCCAAUAAUUCCAC